AUGUUUGAUCAACCUCAACAACCUCAACAACAGCAAAAGAAACCCAAUUUCAAAUUUGUCAUUCGUUCUAAGAUAGAAUCUACAACUAAUACAACUAGUAUAGCUAGUAGUAGCCAUGAACAAGACAAUAAGCCAAUUGAAAUAAAAAAGGAAAUUACUCUUGAACAACCUAAACGUAAACGACCUGCGACGACGACAGAUAAUACAAGUGUGAAAAAGAUUCAUACACAACUUGAACGAUGGAAUAAGAAACAUUUAGAAUUAAAGGAAGAAAAGGAGCAUGAAGAACAAGCAAGAGUACAUUAUGCUGAUUUAUCAUCACUUACAUGUAUUCUUUGUCAACGCAAGUUUAAAUCAAAGUCUGAUCUAGAACGACACCAACAGCUGUCUGAACUUCACAAGAAUAAUCUAAAUGACCCUGUGGCGGUGAACAAAGCAAUGUUAAAACUAAGCUUUUUAAAAGAUGAUGUGGAUGAACAACAACAAGAAGAGACAAAGUAUCGCAAUCGAGCAGCUGAAAGGAGACAAGCAUAUGGACAACCAGAGAAACCAAUCCUGUCGCCACCUUCUACUCCUCGACACAUGCAUCCUCCUCGUGACAUAUCUAUAUCGCAUGUACUUCAAGCAUCAAUGGAUAAGCCGAUUUCGGAAGAUAACAAAGGCGCACAGAUGCUACUCAACAUGGGUUGGAGAAAAGGUGAAGGUUUAGGCAAGAACCGUUCUGGUAUUGUCGAUCCUGUGAAGGCACAGCAGUAUGGACAAGGCUCUGGUAUAGGUAAGUCUUUGUAG